AUGAGAGUUGGACUCCUAAGCUAUGUCUUUGCGUUGUUCUUUGCAUUAGCUGUUAUUGCGGACGCUCCGGAGCCUCCCACAACGCUUGAGAUCCAGACUACCUACAAGCCGGAGACCUGUUCGGUGCUGGCUCAGGCUGGCGAUGCGCUCUCAGUGCACUAUACCGGAAAGUUGUUCUCGAAUGGCAAGAAGUUUGAUUCAAGCCUUGACCGCAACAAGCCGUUCACCGUGACACUGGGUAAGGGCCAGGUAAUCAAGGGCUGGGAAGAGGGUCUUAAGGGAAUGUGCGUUGAGGAGAAACGCACGUUGACUAUCCCUUCAGAUAUGGGCUACGGAGCGCGUGGAUUCGGCUCGGUCAUACCUGCCAACUCUGCUCUCGUCUUCGACGUGGAAUUACUGUCAUUGGACACUAAAAACCGGCGCGAAGAGCUGUAG